GUAACCAUGGUAACGAGAAAUGCGGAUAUACAGGCAAGCAGUGAGUGGUCCUACAACAGAGAAGUUUAUCACUGUUGCAAUACCUCUUGAUAAUUGGUGACAGUCAGUAAUAAAUUGACAUCAGAUGCUAUCGAGUUCAAGAUACAGACUCAUACUUUUUGUUCAAGUGUGUUUGUUGCUUUUUGAUCUUCUUCUGAAUGCAUUUGCUGAUUUUCUACGCCAAGACAGCAGUAUCCUUCUGUUGUUGUUUAUAAUUCAAGACGGUCUUCAAGUACUUGCUGUUACAUUACUUUUGGUUAGUUUGUUUCAAACGAAUGUUUUCCAGGCUGGCUUUGUUGAACUGUUAUUUGAUAGAUUCCGGACAACAGUUUUUAUUGCGAUGCUAUACUUUCUCUUGACAUUGAUUGUUCAAAUCUAUGUGCUCUCAACGAGGUGGUUCCAGCCAAUGAAACAUUACUGGGCGAAAGGACUACCAUUUUUCUUCAUUUCUCAGCGUUUUUGUUCAUGUAUAUACUACUACUUAUAUAAAAGAGCGAUGCUAAGAAUAAGUGAUCCAAGAUUUUAUGAUGACGAAUGGAUCAAUCACAAAGUGAAUUUGAUAACAUGAUAACCUCGACAAACAUGAUAGCAUGAUAAUUUGAUAACCUCUGAUUUAUUUGCCAAAAUAAACUUUUUUGCUCAAAAUAAUGAAAGGUAUACGUUAUACUAUGAUAUUAAAAACUUUAUUUAAAAAUGCAGGUACCGUAAUAAAUAUGUACAUCAACGAUAUUCAAA